AUGGCUUCUGUGUGUUCGUCGUAUUUCUGUGUCGUAUUUUACGUUUUGAAUUCUAAUAUAAAAAUUAUUGGACACAGUUGUUAGCCCAAUCUGAAUGUUUUUAACGCAGUUAUUUUCGUGAAAUUUUAUAUGAACAAGUAUAGCAGCGUUACAAGUCAUCAUGUCUGUAGACAAGGCCAGUGAAAUAAAAGGCAAUGAGAUCGAUAAAAGCAAACGUCGCCACAAAACUGACGACACUAUUGUUGCGACAGCGGUGAUGAACGGCGUUGAAGAUAUAUUGCAAUUUGCGAAGAUGGAGAAUGUCGAUGGUGCGGGAAAACCGACGGAACUAUGCUUGCAGACUAACUCUCACCUGAUAUCUAGCACAACUAGUAGUUUGGCUGAUACGCCUGGUGAUAGUGGUGUUCUAUGUUUAGAUAGUGAAGCCUCAGAAGCCACUAGCCAAGCGCUCAUGUCUCAUAGUCUAGUAGGUGCAGAGGAGUUAGCUUGUGAUAGCCAAUAUGACGCGCCAACAUCUUGUUCUCAAGACAUGAUCAGAAGCACAACAAGCAGUGUUAUGACUCGUAGCGACAUUGACAACCAAAACAUGGGUAUUCCCGAUGACAUAGUCCCUGAAUUACUAGUUGAAACCAGCAAAAAGUCCAGUUUAUAUGAAAACCUACCUGAUGUUGUUCUAAAAGCAUUAGAAAGUGAAAAGGUCAUUAGCGAAGAAGUAAAAAAACCAGCCUUGAGGACAAGUGAACCUAAAAAAUCAUUGUCUGAAGAUAUAGUGUAUAGGCGUAGAUGUCGCAAGAAAUCACAAAGUGGGCCAAGUUCACAGAAAAAGAGAGUUUCUUUCCAUGAGGAUAUACUUAAUAACACUAAAACAGAUAACAUACAUAUAGAGAGAGGAUUUGUAUCUUAUGGUCCAGAAAGCUGUGAAAAGUUUAGACAAAAGAAUUCAGUGAUGGAUAGGUUUUCAUGGUGUGCUUCUGGAGAUCAGACUCCCAAAUAUGCAGCGGAUGUUGCUCAACAGACUAUGUCCGACAUUCUGACAUAUGGAGAUGCUAAAAAUGAUAGAAGUGGAAUAUUUGAGUAUUGUCAGGAUGAAAAUAGUCAGAACAGCACAGAUAAAGACAACAACAAUGAAAGUAGGCCAACUGGAAAACUCUAUGGAUGCGAUUCAAAUAGUUCUGACUCUAAUUUUAGCUGUGAUUCAGAAACCUCUUCCAGUGAUUCAUCAUCAUCACACUCCAAUUCUAACAAAACUGAGAAUAAUCUUCUACAGAGGAAGUGUGAUAAAGCCCAAAAAUCAUAUUCCUGUGAUGGUUUUGAAAAUAAGAGUCAUGUACCAUUUAUGAGAAAAACCUAUUUCUCUGAGGCUGAUAUUGAUCAGACCCAUGAUCGCAUGAAAAAGCCACUAGAAGUUUCCCAGAGCCCCAACACUGUCAAAUCUGUACUCAAGAAGAAACGCUAUAUUAGUACCAAUGUAGUGGAAGAAAGAAAACAGAAUAAAAAAGGUUUGAACUUAUUAGACACAAAUAAUAUUAUAGGCUCUUUAAAGAGUUUCUAUAAAAGCUUUGAUUUUAAUUUUGCACCACAAAAAGGUCUGCCAGAAACAAGUGUAGAGCUACAUAAUGUUGUUGAAGCUUUGCCUUGUGAUGUGAAUCAGGAUAAAAAGUUAUCAAAAAGUCUAGAUUCAGGAUUUCAAAUAGACGAUGAGGAUGACUUUGUGGAAAUAAAUCUCAAUGGCCAAACUUUAAUAUCUGAACAAACAAAGGAGGUCACAUUAACAUCAAAAAACCCUAUUGGCAAUCAAACACCCAAAGAGGGGUCCCCUCGCCACAAACUCACUUUGAACAUGAAGAGCCAGUUAGAUAAGAAAUCCACUAACAAAUCUGAUGCCUUCCCGCACAGCAACAAAUAUGUUGUCAACUGUGAAAGUACUGUUUAUGAGCAUAAAGGAGUUUCAUACAGUUAUGUACAUGAUACCUUUCAAACUGCUUUUGAUGCACCUAAAGAAACCUUUGUACCGAUACCAGAGACGACACCAGUUAAGGAGUUAGUGACAAGUUCAAGCAAAAAUGAGUUGAAUUCUUCUAAAUCAGAUACUUCAAGUAGAACUUCAACUCCUAAAAGACAAUUCAACAAGACUGUCCAAGAUGAAACUGAACUAAAAAAUGGCAUUCCCAAACACUUAUCAUCGCCUAAGAAACAGAAUGUGAAUAGAUACAGUAGGAAAUUAACAUCCACAGUUCAGAGACUGGCUGAGGAACAGGCACCAGCCAAUAAUAGUGACAACUGCUCAAACACUGACAAUUCUACUUUGAAAGGUGCCGAUGAUUUCAAUGAUGACUUUUUUGAUAGUCCUGCUAACAACAAACUGCAGUCAAAUAAGUCUGCCAUGCUGAACAGAUACCUGAAAAAUGUUUGUCAGAGAAAAGAUCUAGAAUUGAAGAUUAAAAAUAAUAAAUUUUUUCAAUUUAAACUUAGAAUGGAGAAGCAUUUCCCAAGUAUUAUCUUUCCAUUUAAACGUGUGUCGGAUACAUUCCACUACUCAGCCGAGAGGAUGUCGCGUCUCAUAGACAAGGAGGUGAUAGAAAACAAAAGAUUAUCUGUGCGGCUCCUUACCGCUGAUGAACCAUCAUAUUUUGAUAGUUUUGAGGAUAAUGUGGCUAUGGAAUGCAAUGAAAAGUUGAGGCUGCAGAUUUUUUCAUAUCCCAAUGAGACAUUGCAUAGGAUGAUGAAAGUUCAAUCACCAUAUAAUAUGGAAGAUGGAUUGUGGUCACCAUUGCUGGUUUUCAUCACGGACUAUGCUCUCUAUGUGGCGAGUGUCAAACACGGAGGCACCGAGUAUGAUAUGCUGUGUCGCUUGCCACACAAUGAACUCGAUGCUAUUGCAGUUGGUCCUGAUGGCCAGUACAUUCAAGUGAUAGACGUGGCGGGCAACAUAGCGUGCUCAGUGGUGACCGCCGAGGCUUCGCUCGGGGCGCGGCUGGCGUCCUCUCUAGAGUGGAGCGCGCGAACUUCGCCGCUUCGAAUACCACGACCGCCCGCCAUGCUGCCGCUCAACUACCGGCAGCUGGCGGCGGCUGUUGCUACGCAGCGGCGGGAGAAAUGUGUACCACAAGUCCUGUUCUACGGUCGCGCUUGCUCGGGCGACGCAGGCGACAGUCUCAUUGAAGCCCCCGGCGCCUUCGCUCCGCCGCUUGAAGGCUACUUGAUGUGCAGAACCGAUAAGAGCAAACGAUUCGAGCCCUGCUACUUCCUACUUAGGGCUGGAGUCCUUCAAUGGGGUCCUCACUCGCCAGACGGCAGCACCCCCCUGCCGAACAGCAUAGCGUUACGAUCGGCACUAGGCGUGAGACGCCACAUGGACGCGUCCCGUAGACCCCAUUGCUUCGAAAUCGCUAUGGAGUCCACGCGGCUACUUCUUGCGGCACCUGAUGACCCUACCGCCUCGUCUUGGCUGCAAUCAUUACUGCUUCAUGCUGCUCAGGCUUUAGAAGAAAAAGAUGGUGCGAAGAAAGUGGACCCGUUAUCCGGCGGUGUUCCCGCCGCGUGCACUGUACUGGUGACGUCACAGGACGUGGUCAGCCUCCGGGACACGCUGGAUGUCGCCUUCGUGCACGGAACGGCCGCCUACCUCAAGGAGAGAGGCUCAGAUACUUUGCUCAGAGAAUAUUUGGAGGAAAUGCGAACGGACGUGGAGAUAAUGGCGUGCGGGUCUAUAAAGAACCUGACAGCUUUCAAAAUACCCGACACAGACGAGAACUGGUGCUGUUUGGAGUGGAGCGUGUGCGAAGCUCGCGAGCGCGGCGCCGGCCUGGCUUUGGUGUUCGCAAGUAGCACGGAAUUGGAGCGGUUCAUUGCGGCCGUCGAGAGGGCUUACAGCCUGCAUACAAGCGAGCCGUUCCCCCUAAGCGUGGUGGAAGCCAGCAAAUCAGCUUGUAGUACUGCGCACGCCAAGUACGAAGCCGCGUGGAGGCACAUGUUACCGCAACAGUAAUCCUAUACAUAUUGCAGCGUUAUUACUAGUAUAAUAACGUCUGUUUUUGAGGUACGUGAAAGAGGGUAAACAAAACAUUAUAGGUGCGUAGAACGGGAGAUAAAUGUUAGGUUCUAUUGUCCAGAAGUGAACCUCACGGUGCAACAAGAGACUUGAGUGAUUAAGCCAGAUUGUACUUCUUAAAUACAAAAUACUCGUAUUUCUCUGAUACGAGAAAUGGCGUGUUAUAAAAGGCUUUUGUUUACCUUCUUUUAAAUAUAUUGAGAAACAGACUUUAGAUUCUUGUUAUUUAAAUUAACUCUUAAAUUUUAUUGCAUAUUGUGUGAGAAUAAAAUUACACGACAAGGAUAGAUAUUACAAAGUACUCUAUGGUAUUUAAACCAUAGAAUAUUUAUUCCGUAAAAUA